AUGCAGAAGCUGCAAGCGAAGUUUCCUGAAGUGUUCCAACCAACCCUCGGAUGCUGCACCAAAGCUAAGGUAACGCUCUACCCGAAGCCAGAUGCACGACCUGUGUACUGCCCCAAGCGACCGGUUGCCUACGCUGCCCUUCCGAAGGUUGAUGCUGAGCUGCAGAGACUUCAAAACAACGGCAUCAUCUCGCCAGUCCAGUUUUCUGAUUGGGCUGCACCUAUCGUCGUGGCUCGUAAAUCUGAUGUCUCCGUUCGCAUUUGUGGUGACUAUUCCACAGGUCUCAACAAUGCACUAGAAUCAGAUCGCCAUCCACUGCCUCAUCCGGACGAUAUCUUCGGUGAACUCGCCGGUUGCCGUUUCUUCUCCUGUAUCGAUCUUUCGGAUGCCUAUCUCCAGGUCGAAAUUGAAGAAGCUUCUCGGAAACUGCUAACGAUAAACACACACAAAGGUCUGUUCCUGUACAACCGAUUGCCACCCGGAGUCAAAUCCGCACCAGGUGCAUUCCAGAGGAUCAUCGACAGUAUGCUAGCCGGAAUUCCUGGAGUGAAACCGUACCUGGAUGACAUUCUAAUUGCUGGAAAGACCCAAGAAGAGCACGAUCGUAGUCUGAAUGAUGUGCUCCAACGUAUUCAUCAAGUUUCUGGGUCACAUCGUCGACAAGGAUGGUCUCCGCCCGGAUCCAACCAAAACAAGAGCAAUCUCUGA